AUGUCGCGUAGUGAUGAUUCCUUCCGUCACCUUCGAAAGAUGGCGGCAAAGUCGGCCAGGGAUGACUGGAAGGAAUAUUGGGAUGAAGUGGCGACCUGCAUGGAACAGGCCUCGAACGUUAGGGACACUCGAAAUCUCAACCAUCUUAUUGACCAAGUUAGUGGUAGGCCCUCUACAUGGAGUGACCCUCUUCGCGACGUGAAUGGCGGCUUUAUUGAUGGUGAUUCGGCCAAAGUCGAGCACUGGCUUUACCCCUUCGAGCGCCAUCACAACUUCGAUACCCAACCCAUCACGUCCUUGAUCUCCAAUGCAGCGGAGUUUCUCCCCUCUCCAAACUAUGCAGUGUCAUGCGACAUCCCUUCUAAGGGAGAAGCCGCCGAUGUCAUACUAAAGCUACGCAAAAACAAGACGCCCGGAGCGGACGAUAUCCCCUCUGAAAUCUAA